AUGAAAGAAAGCUAUUCUGGAUACGAGAACCAGCUCUUUAAAGAGGAUGAUCUUACUGGGGAGGAAGAAGAGAUGCCUUCCUUUAGAGGAAGAACCAGAGGUGGCUGUGUGAAAUGCCAGAAGACAUAUUCUCUGCAGCUGGCCGUCAAAGUGCUCUACGGUUUCUUUGUCUUCCUGAUCAUAGCAGUGGCAGUGCUGGCAUCACUAGUAUUUAGGAAGGUCGACAACUUAUCAGAAGAGGAAUCCUUUUAUCAUAAGAAGAUUACUAAGGUCCAGGAAAGUAUACAAGAUCUCAGCACUACCAGAAACUGCUCUGACUGCUUCGACAUGGCCCACUUCAGCGAAGAGAUCAGUAGGCUGAAGAGGGAGUUUGAGGAUCUCCAGAAAAUGAUCCUGGGACAGGAGCAGGUCCUGGAUCAGGCCUCCCAGACCCAGCAGACCCUGAAGGCAGCCAGAAGCAGGAUGACCCGAGACAUGCAGAACUACUCCCUGUCCAUCAGGCUCAUCAACCAGUCCCUGGAGCGUUACUUAGACCAGGUGGACGGUUGGAAGGCGGUCAUCACCGAGACGGACGAGAGCAUGAAGACUCUGUCUCAGGAUCAGUACGAUCUCAAGGCCACUGUGAAUCAGGUCAAUACCACGGUGGCCCUCAACUCCUUGUGGAUGGAUGCCCUGCAGAGGAAGACCAAUGAGGAGACAUUGGUCCUGCAGAAGAUGACGGCGGACUGGCAGAACUACAGCCGGGUGUUGAGCGGUCUGAAGUCCAACUCAAGCACCACCACUCAGACAGUGAGGAGCAUCCAGAGUGGGAUCUCGGCCACGCACCAGAGGAUCAGCAUGAGCUCGGAGAUGGUGCACGACCUCACCCUGCAGGUGAUGAACCUGCAGAUGCAGCUGGACAAUGUCACCUCCUUCAUGGACGAGCAUGAGGAGAACAUGCACGACCUCCACUACCACUCCAAGUACUACCAGAACCGGACGGGCGAGAGGUUCAUCACCCUGGAUGCUCGCAUGGACUCCAUCGAGAUGGAGAUCGACACCAUCUCAUCCAGCAUCAACGCCACGGUGAGCCACGUGCAGAGCAUGUACAAGUACAUCAACAUCGAGAGCACGUCAUGCCAGACGCGGAUGGGUAGCCACACGGAGGACCUGCAGAACCUGAACAACACGGUGCUGCUACUGAUGCACCUGGCUGUCACCCUGAGGCAGCAGUACAUGCUGCUGAGCGUCCGUCUAGAUGUGGACGCCAGGAACCUGUCCAUGGUCAUGGAGGAGAUGAAGCUAGUGGACACGCACCACACCCAGCUCAUCCAGAACUUCACCAUUCUCAAAGGCGCACCGGGCCCACCUGGUCCAAAGGGGAACAGAGGGGAAGGAGGAGGCAAAGGUCCAGUUGGCCUGACAGGAAUCAAAGGAGACAAGGGCCCAGGUGGGAACCGUGGUCCUCUGGGAGAGAAGGGCCCUAUCGGGCCUACAGGAGCUCAGGGGGAGCCAGGACCAACAGGGGCCAGAGGUGGAGUGGGCGUCAAAGGGGUGAAGGGUUCUCUGGGUCAACCAGGCCCACGUGGUGAGAGAGGUGAGAAGGGAGACAUGGGUACUAUUGGUAAGGAUGGAAUACCAGGUCCCAAAGGGCCACUGGGAAUACAGGGCCAAGCAGGGCUCCCAGGGCUCCACGGGAUGCCUGGCCCAAGAGGAAAGCCCGGGCCUGUUGGUCCACACGGGCCUCCCGGAAUUCCUGGCCAACCAGAUCUGCCAGCUUACCCAGACACGGUGUCUUGAGGGGCCUCUGGUGUCUGAUCACAACAAGGACAGGACGAGCCUCCAUUGGACGUGGGGAAGUACCGGCAGCCUGGCAAAGGGAUGGAGGAUGAUUGAAGAGGAUGGAAUGAAUGGAGCAUGGAAGAGUUCACUCUCAAGCGUUCCCCUUCAUGUUACUCCAUUGUUUCCCUUGGACACUCAAUGGACACACCAUUGAGCAUAUACACACAGCCCGUGUUCAGGUAUGAAGGGGUAUAAAGGAGACAUUGAUAACAAGAUAACAAAAAGACUUGAGUUUAAAAAGAUGCAUUGGAAGUUGUCAGUAUCAUAUACAGCUGAAUGUAUGUUUGAAGGAACCACAGCACUAUCUUGGGGGCUUCAUAAAGGUCUAGGUUUACAAUGCCAUGCACUUUCACGAGGGUAGAGUUAAUUAACAAUAGAUUUUUACACUAAUUUGUGAAACAUUAACACGUGAAAUUCUAUUCAAUGGCACUUUUGGUUUUAUAAAGUGUAGAAACUACAGUCAGUUUUUAUGUGUUUGCUUUUGUAUCUUUUAUGUUUCGGAGCAGGUUCUCUGAAUACUGACUGAAGUUGAGAUGAUUCAACAGGUCAUAGAGUGUAAUGGUAAGGGAUGAAUGAAAUUGCUGAAGAACCAAAGGUACACAACUAUGGAUGUAUUGUAUGUUAGUCAUUAAAUGAACAUUUCCUAAAUGACUUAAAGGGUACGGUUUUGAAAUAUAGAUAUUUUUACAUUAUGUAUUUUUGGUUUUAUGCCAACAAUUUGCCAUGUUACAUUCAAGUGUUUUCAGAUUUUCAAGUGUAGGUAAUAUACAUCAUUUU